CGACGCGCUCGACCGUCGACCCCGGGCCUGGCGGCCAGACCCGAGCAAUCGCAGGCCGAGCGCCGAGCGCCGAGCAGGGCGGGGCGGAGCGGAGCGGAGCGCGCCCCCCCCGCGGAGCCCUGCGCCGCCCGCCGCCCCGGGAAGCCGCCGGGCCUGGGGACCCGCGGUCGCCGUCGUGUGCGCGCUCUCCGCGGCCCCCGGGGUCUCCCCGCAGGGCCCGGCCCGGGCUGUGCCGUCGGCCCCGCGCUGCCCUCCCGCGGCGCUCACGGCUCGCGCGCUCUCGGGGCGCCUGUCGGGACGGGGCUCGCCCCGGGGCCGCUCCCGGCGCUGACCGCGGGGUCUCCGUUCGCUCCCCGCGCUCGGCCGCGCUCCCGGGGGCCGGGGCAGCCCCGGCCGGCCGGCGCGGGAGGAGGAAGAAGUGCCCAGGCAAGAGAUUUUUGUUAUAUGACUUCAUGAAAAAUAGCGAAAUGUCAGGCUCUUCACCCUUUAAGAUGCGAUUAGUUCAUUUGGACCUUAAAGGAGCUCCACCAAAGGUUUCCUACCUCUCGGAGGUCUUUCCUCUGUUCCACGCCUUGGGCGCCAACGGGCUCCUCCUCGAGUAUGAAGACAUGUUUCCCUACGACGGCCGCCUCAGGCUGCUGAGAGCCAAGCACGCAUACAGCCCCCCUGAAAUCAAAGAGAUCCUACAUCUGGCUACACUGAACAAGCUAGAGGUCAUUCCGUUGGUGCAGACAUUUGGACACAUGGAGUUUGUGCUGAAGCAUGAGGCUCUCGCUCACCUCCGAGAAGUGGCACUUUUCCCGAACACCCUGAACCCCCAUGAGGCGGAGGCCCUGGCGCUGGUGGGAGCCAUGGUCAGCCAGGUCAUGGAGCUGCACCCGGGCGCGCGCUGGUUCCAUGUCGGCUGCGACGAGGUCUAUUACCUUGGCGAGGGCGAGGCCUCGAGACGGUGGCUGCAGCAGGAACAUAACACCAAAGCGAGACUGUGUCUGUCCCACAUAAAGGCAGUGGCCUGCCACGUGCUGGCCCGGCACCCCGCCACGAGGCCCCUGGUGUGGGACGACAUGCUGCGGGCCAUCCCGGAGGACCAGCUCUCAGCAUCGGGGGUGCCGCAACUCGUGGAGCCUGUGCUCUGGGACUACGGGGCCGACCUAGACGUCCAUGGCAAAGCUCUUCUCAUGGAAAAGUACCGGAAGUGUGGUUUUCUCCGGCUGUGGGCUGCCAGCGCCUUCAAGGGGGCCACAGGGGUGAGCCAGGCCCUGACCCCCAUCGAGCACCACCUCAGGAACAACGUGCAGUGGCUGCAGGUGGCGGCCCGUGGGUCUGCGGAUGUGCUCCAGGGCAUCGUCCUGACCGGCUGGCAGAGGUACGAUCACUUCUCCGUGCUGUGCGAGCUGCUCCCCGUGGGAAUUCCGUCCCUGGCCGUCUGCCUGCAGUCGCUCCUACACGGAGGGUUUACCGAAGACGUUAAAGCAAAAGUGGAGAACUUUCUCGGGAUUUCAAACCUAGAAGUAACUGAUUUUACAAGCGAGGGGCCCGGCUCCUUCCCUGGCAGCGACAUCCUGGCCCUCGUCACGCACGUCAGCCUCCACUUGCGCAGCUCCGUGGACUCGCUGCUGGAGAGGGACAGACUCUUUAAGGUUUCUCAGAGACGUUCUCUGAACCACCCCCGCCCCCCGAGGCUGCCUGGCCAGCCGCCGUGGGCGCACCUGCAUGCGUGGGUCUGCCCCCAGGUACGUGAGCGGCUGGUUCAGCCCUUACCACCGCAGGCGGAAGCUCGUGCACCCCGUCAUGGUCCAGCACAUCCAGCCCCAGGCGCUCAGCCUGCUGGCCAGGUGGAGCGCUGUGGUGCGGGAGCUGGAGGCCGCCCUGCAUCGUGUCUUCUAUCCGGACGCCGUGGAGGAGUGGCUGGAGGAGAACGUGCAGCCCAGCCUGAGGCGGCUACAGGCCUUGCUGCAGGACCUUAGAGAGGCGGCUAGCGCCAGGCCGCACGUGGCUCAGGACCCCUGACGGGGUAGGCCGGGCACCCCGUCCAGCUGUGCCCAUCCUGGCGCUGGCGGCCCGCCUCCCCCUGUACGCCAGACUCCCUGCAACAGGCCACACCCAGGGAGCAGACGGUUCUCGCUGGGCAAGACGAGUGGCGAGGUGCAGGAAGACCCGCUGAGGCCCGCCAGCGGGUCCGCGUGUGGAACUUGAAAUACAGCGGAGAGCAGGAGCCGGAACCGCUGCUGGUGGCAGUCAGACUCGCUGCCAGCGUGCGUCCCGCACCGAUGGUCCCGAGACCCUCCUCACCCUGCGAGCCCAGCCAAGGCAGAGGGGAGCUGGCCACAUGGGUCCCUCCAACUCGGGGUGACCACGCCAGAAACCAGUGACGGCAUUUCAUAUUUUAUUUUAGAAAAAGAAAGCUUUCAAAUUUUACCACUUAAAAACUCAA